CACCACACCUCCAAUACCGCAAUCAUGGCUGACGAUAAUACAAUGGAUAUCGACGUGGAGCCCGUCGCCUCUGCGCCAAAGAGCACCACUAGCAUGACGACGCACAGCAACGCGACCGCGGUGCGCUCAAUUGAAGGCUGGAUCAUAAUCGUCACAAACGUGCACGAGGAGGCUUCAGAGGAAGAUCUAAACGACAAGUUUGCCGAUUUUGGGGAGAUUAAGAACUUGCACCUGAAUCUGGAUCGGCGUACUGGUUAUGUGAAGGGCUAUGCGCUGAUUGAAUACCCCACGCUGGACGAGGCGCGCGCCGCGAUCGAUGGGGCGCACAACACAAAGCUGCUCGACCAGACCAUUGAGGUGGAUUUCGCGUUCGUGAGGCCGCCACCUGGGAAAGGGGCACGUGGAGGUCGCGCACCGCAGAAGGGAAGGGCCAGGAGUCGGAGUCGUAGUCCGGGAGGGGCUCGCAGUCCGAGGGAUGAUGUUAUUGAAUGA